AUGGGUGUCUACUGCGCCGCCCUUCUUUCGAGUGGUUUUUAUCUCUACGCCCUCCUCUCCCGCCCUCACGGCAUUGUUGGGAUAAAUGCCCUGCACAACGAGGUCCGGGUGACCGUUGAAAUAGCGGUUCUCAACAAGCGCGCGCGUGACUGGCGAGGCUUGAGCCCUGUGACGCCCUUAUCACUCGACGACAAGAUCUCGCAGCUACUGACUCAUGAGUGGCGUGGCGAAAAGCGGAUUUCCGGACUGCACGGCAGCGCCAAGGCCUAUGCGGUCUUUCUCGCGGCCCGGCAUCUCGACUGUCCGCUGGUGGUCCUGGUGCCCACCGUGAAGGAGGCGGAACGCCUUUUCCUCGACCUGUCCUUCUUCCUGGGAGAAGAAGCCGUGGCCCGUCCGCUGGAGCGGCGGCUUCAUCUGUUCCCGGGGUGGGACAUCCUGCCUUUCGAGAGCCUUUCCCCGAAUCCGGACCACCUGGCCGCGCGCAUGGAAAGCCUCCACCGGCUCGCCCAACAGCCGGCGCCGCUACUGGUGACGACCCCGGCCGCCGUAAUGCAGCGCGUGGUGCCCAGGGAGAGCUUCCGGAGCGCCCACUUCAUCGAGGGUCAGGAAGUCGACCGGGAAAAACUCCUGUGGCAGCUCUCCAGCCUGGGCUUCGCCCGCGCCCCGCUGGUGGAGGAACGCGGCGACUUCAGCGUGCGCGGCGGCAUCGUGGACAUCUUCCCCCCGGCCUAUGACCGGCCCAUGCGGAUGGAGUUCGCCGACGACCGCAUCGAUUCCUUCCGCGAGUUCGACCCCCCGGACCCAGCGCUCCCGACCAGCCGCGAGACCCUGGCGCGGAUCGAGGAGCGGGCGGACGACCUGGGCUUCACCCGCAAGGACAAGCGGGCGCUGCUGGAGUCGGUGCGCGAGGGCGUGCGGUUUGCCGGGAUGGAGUUCCUGGCGCCCUACUUCUACGACCGCCCGCUGCCGUCGAUCCUCGCCCAUCUGCCUCGGCGCGGCAUCGUCUGGUGGGAUCAGCCGGCCCGGGUGGAGGAGGAGCUGGAGCGGUUCGAGAAGCUGGUGACCCAACGAGCCUCCAAGGCCGCGGCGGAGGGCCGCUUCCACCCCCAUGCCGAGGCCCUGUACCUGGACCCGGACGGCUGGCGCGAGGAGGCCGCGGCGUUCCGGCAGAUCCACAGCGAAAGCCUGGACGUUCUCGCAUCCCCCGACGCCGCCUCGUCAACGCUCUCGGUGCGCUCCUACGCCAACGCGGACCUGCAUAGCGAGCUCACCACCCAGCAGGGAUCCGAACGCUCCCUGGCCCCGCUGGUGGAGCAUCUGGACCAAUGGCGGGACCAGCGGGUGCUCUUCGUGGGCGGACACCCGGGUGACGCGCAACGGCUGCAGCAACUGCUGGCCUAUUACCAGGUGGAUAUUCCGAUCUCCGAAGGGUCCUUCCAUGAAUUCGUGGCCGGCCCCUCCAACGGACCCCGGAUCGUGCUGGGGGGGCUGACCCAGGGAGUGCGCAUACCCGACGAGGGGCUGGUCAUCAUCACCCUGGAGGAGUUGUGGGGGCGCAAGAAACGCGACCCCUCCGUUCGCAAGCGGGAGACCCCGGGCCACUUCAUCACCAGCCUCAGCGAGUUGCGGCAGGACGACGUGGUGGUGCACCUCGACCAGGGCAUCGGCAUCUAUCGCGGCCUCAAGUACCUCAAGGUGGCGGGCACCGAGGGCGAGUUCCUGCACCUGGAGUACCAGGGGGGCGACCGUCUCUAUCUGCCCAUCGACCGCAUCAAUCUGGUGCAGAAGUUCAUCGGCGCCGAGGGCGGCGCCCCGGUUCUGGACCGGCUCGGCGGCACCUCCUGGCUCAAGCUCAAGGCCAGGACGCGCAAGGCCAUCGUGGCCAUGGCCAAGGAGCUGUUGCGGGUCUACGCCACCCGGGAGUUGCACGAGGGCCACAACUUCCCGGUCCCCGAUCAAACGUAUCGGGAGUUCGAGGCCGCCUUCGAAUACGAGGAAACGCCCGAUCAGGAGCAGGCCAUCACCGCAACCCUCCAGGACAUGACCCAGAGCAAGCCCAUGGACCGCCUGAUCUGCGGCGACGUGGGCUACGGCAAGACCGAGGUGGCCAUGCGGGCGGCCUUCAUGGCGGUGAUGGACGGGAAGCAGGUGGCCGUGCUCGCCCCCACCACCAUCCUGGCGCAACAGCACCUGGAGACCUUCCGCGGCCGCUUCGAGCCCUAUCCGGUGCGGGUGGAGAGCCUCAGUCGUUUCGUCACCGGCAAGGCCGUGCAGCAGUCGCUCAAGGACCUCGCCGCCGGGCUCAUCGACAUCGUCAUCGGCACCCACCGGCUGGUGCAGAAGGACGUGGCCUUCAAGAACCUGGGCCUGGUGGUGAUCGACGAGGAACACCGCUUCGGCGUAAGCCACAAGGAGAAGCUCAAGCAGAUCCGCUACACCGUGGAUGUCAUGAGCCUCACCGCGACGCCCAUCCCCAGGACCCUGCACAUGUCGCUGGUGGGCAUCCGGGACCUCAGUGUCAUCGAGACACCGCCCCCCAACCGGCUGGCCAUAAGGACCUACGUGACCCGCUACGACGAGGGCGUGAUCCGCGACGCCAUCUUGCGGGAGAUCAACCGCGAGGGGCAGGUGUUCUUCCUGCACAACCGGGUGGAGAGCAUCCAGCGCAUGGGCCAGAAGAUCAUGGACCUGGUGCCCGAGGCCAAGGUCACCAUUGCCCACGGGCAGAUGACGCCGGUGGAGCUCAAGAAGAACAUGGGCCUGUUCCAGGAGAACGAAGCCCAGCUCUAUCAACUGCGGGGCCGGGUCGGGCGUUCAUCACGCCGGGCCUACGCCUACCUGCUGCUUCCGGAGAGCGGUACCGUGACCAAGGACGCGGAAAAGCGGCUCCGGGCGCUGCAGGAGCUGGAUGAGCUCGGCAGCGGCUUCAAGCUGGCGCUGCACGAUCUGGAGAUUCGCGGCGCCGGCAACCUGCUGGGCCGUGAGCAAUCCGGCCAGAUCGCCGCGGUGGGUUUCGAGCUCUACACCCAGAUGAUGGAGGAGACCAUUCACGAGCUCAAGGGGGAGGAGCGCCGGGCCAACGUGGAGCCCGAGAUUCGGCUGGGCAUCCCCGCCUACUUCCCCGACGACUACAUACCCAGCGCCAACCAGCGCCUGCUGUUCUACAAGCGGCUCGCCAACCUGGAGAAUCCGGAGCAACUGGCGGAGAUCCGGGACGAGAUCCGCGAUCGUUACGGCAGCUACCCGCGGGUGGCGGAAAACCUGUUCCGGGUCAUGGAGCUCAGGCGCGCCCUCAUCCAGGCCCUGGCCACCCAGAUCAUCUACCAGAGCGGGCGCUUGUCGCUGACCUUCCAUGCCACCUCAAAACUGAACGUGGACCGGCUGCUCAAGCUCGCGCAGGAGGAUCACCGGCGCUUCCAGUUCUCGCCGGAGGGACGGCUGGCGUUCACCCCCGACCAUACGGACUGGCCCGGCCUCAUCGACGAGGCUUGUGAGUUAUUGCACGUCGUCAACUAG